UCAUAGGGCAAGAAAGUCAAAUCUUCCAAGAAGAGAUGAAUGAAGGCACCUUUGGAACUCACUCACCAAGUCACUUCAAUAAGCAUUUAUUAAAACACCUGCUGUGUGCCAGGCACUGCUGACACAGUCUCUGUUUCAUUUAAUAUCUCAAAAAAACUUAUAUUCUCCAGGUGAGAAACAACAUGUACAUAGACAGUUAAAUACAAAAUGAUUUGUUUCAUCCAGUGGGGAAGCAUUAAGAAUUGGAAAAAUCAGGAAAGAUAUCUUGAAAGAGGCAGCAUGUAAGCUGAUCUUUAAAAGAGUAAAGUAUUCCAGGAUGAAAGAGAAUAUUCUGGACAUGAGGGAUAGUCUGUGCAGUGACACAUGAGGGGAGGAUGGAAUAUCACAUGCAGAGAACAGCAAAGUAGGGCAGUUCUUCUCAAAUACCUUUUUUUCAGCACACAAUUUCAGAAAUAUAUAUAUAUGUAUAUAUAGUUCUAGGUGUGUGAUCCUGGACAAAUUAAUUGUUUGCUUCAGUUUCCUCAUGUAUCAAAUGUGCUGGAGAAGAAAAUGGCAAACCAUUCUAGUCUCUGCCAAGAAAACCCUUAAAAUGGGAUCAAAAACCAUCAGACAUGACUGAAAAACAACUGAACAACAACUGUAUUUACAUAGAUAUGCUGUAUAUUCCAUCCUACUAGUCUCUGAUACUUUAAAUAAUAUUGAAUCUGUUUUCAAAUUAUUUUCAAAUAUUCUAUGUUUUAUUAAAGUAUAUUACUAUGUGUUCAUUUGCUACAAAUGUAAUAAAUACAGGGCAAAUAAUUUGUACCAAAUACAGACAAAUUCUUGAGGGACCUGGUAAUUAGGUUUCUGUUUUUCUGGUUUUUCUCCUACUCAGCCCUCUCUCUCUCUCUUGCUCCUCCCCACUGCGUCCUUCCCCCUCCUCCCCAACCAUGUCUUCCAGGAGCAGCUCCAAGUAAAUUUUUUCAGACACACAGAGAUGUGAGCCCUAGGAUUCAUGCCUGCAAGAUUGAUCCCCACAAACAAACAAACAAACAAUGUCUGCUAUUCUUGUCCCAUCAUAUCAAGAGGAGUUCCUGUUAGUAAAACUGGAGGAGGAUUCCUUCUUGGAUCAGGACCCUAAUCUCUGAGGAUAUGACCUUGACUGUGAAGCCUCCUGCCAGCAAUUCCGGCAGUUCCAGUACGAAGAGUCCACUCAGCCUCAGGAAGUGCUCUUCCGACUCCAAGAGCUCUGCUCUUUGUGGCUGAAGCCAGAGAAACAGACAAAGGAACAGAUUCUGGCGCUCCUGGUCCUGGAGCAGUUCCUGAAUAUUUUGCCAGAGAUGCUACAGACCUGGAUGUGGGACCAUCAUCCCAAGAACACCGAGGAGUGGUGACCCUAGUGAAGGCUUGGCAGAAUGAGCCCAAGAGAUCAGCUCAGCGGGGACAGGAAGUGCUAUCUGAAUUACCAGCAUCCUUGGGUACAGCACAGGAGUCAUAAAGCUUCCAGUUAGGUCCAGCAGAGAUCAAGCCAGAGGGAACAUCCCAGGAGAAGGGAAUACAGAGCCUCUACUGGAGACCACUGGAGCAACUGAGCCCUAUGGAGGAGCCCAAGCCCCUGCACAAGAGUGACAGCCUAACUUCUCGGGUUGCUGCCCUUCCUAAAAUGAGGAACAUUGGUAACUGCAAGAUGGUAGCUGAAUCCCAGAAAGCCCCAGGCCAUGGAAAUCCUGUUCCGGACUUCCAGGAGGACAUCAAGGAAGACAAUUGUAGGAAUGAGCCUUUACUGGAUCCUAAAUCCAAAGUGGCCCAUCAAGAGGAGUCAGGGAAAGCUUCUUGGAAUUCAGAUCUCCAUAGAUCGGAGGAAAGAGAAAGCAGCAAAGAUUCCCACCCCAAUAAGGAUCAAGGAAAACCUUGUGAGGCUUCGGCAAAGAAAGAAAUAAAAGGCUGGGGGAACCAAGAACGGGGCAAUGCAGAGGAUGAGAAAUAUGCAGGUGUACACUGGAGCUAUGAAGAAACCAAGGUUUUUCUGGCAAUUCUCAGCGAGGCUUCAUUUUCUGAAAAACUGCGGACCUGUCACAGAAACAGCCAAGUUUACCGUGCCAUUGCCGAGAGGCUGCAGGAACAUGGCUUUCUCCGGACGCUAGAGCAGUGUCGAUAUAGAUUCAAAAAUCUCCAGACUAGCUACCGGAAAGCAAGAACCAGCCACCCCCCAGGGACCUGCCCCUUCUACAAAGAAAUAGCAGCCUUGACGCAUUCCCAAACUGCCAUUGAACCAACUUAUGCCAUGAAGGAGAUCGUCUGUCCCCUAGGGAGUAUGAAUGGAGACUCUGACUCCCAGGGACAGGAGCCAGAGAGCUGGGAACAAGGAAACCCUGGAAAGGUGGCCACAGCCAAAGACUCUGAAAAGAAAGAAAUGGGCCUCCAGGUGUUCGCCCAGGAGCCCAAAGAUCUCAGGGCCACAUCCCUUUUCCAGAAUCGAACAGGCGUGCACUGGGGCUAUGAGGAAACCAAGGCUUUCCUGGCAAUUCUUAGUGAAUCUCAGUUUUAUGAAAAGCUCCGGACUCGCCAUCCCAACCGGCAGGUGUACCGGGCCAUCGCUGAGCGCUUGCGUGAGAGGGGCUUCCUGCGGACUCUGGAGCAGUGUCGGACCAAGUUCAAUAGCCUCCAGACAAGCUACAGGAAGGCAGGGAGCAAGCAUGCCCCAGAGACCUGUGCGUUCUACAAGGACAUGGAUGCUCUGGUGAACGCCCACACCGUAGUAGUAAAGAAAGAGGCACAGCAGCCCGGGCAGGCAGGCAGCAGUGCCGACCUUGCAGAGCGGGAGCCGGGUAGUUGGCACAGUGAAGAGAUGCUGGAAGACUGUGACAGUGAUGAAGCAACUAACAGAGAAGCCAAGAGUCCUGGGGUCCGUGCUCUAUUCCAACUCUCAGCUGAGUUGAGGAUCCAGAGUGAGAGCAAGGAAAAGACUCAGAAAGAGGACAUUUCUGAAAAAAGGCAACCCCAAGAUUCAGAAGGAGAUGGAACUCAGCUUCUUAACUGGGGGAAAAACUGUGAAAAUGAGUACAAACCAGAGAAUCCACGGGAGAGACAAUUAGGAGAAAGACAAGGAAAACUGACUUCCAAAGAGGAUUUUAAAAAUCCAAGAGGGCAAAAAGGAUGCUCUGAAGAAGGAAAGCCAUAUAAAUGCCUUGAAUGUGAGAAAAGUUUCAGUUGGCGGUCACACCUGAUCACACACCAGAGAAUACAUACAGGAGAAAAACCCUAUAAGUGUCUUGAAUGUGGAAAAAGUUUCAGUUGGCGGUCACACCUCAACACCCACCUGAGAAUCCAUACAGGAGAGAAGCCCUAUAAGUGUCUAGAAUGUGGAAAGAGCUUCAGUGAUGGAGCCGGCCUAACUGCACACCGGAGAAUCCACACAGGAGAGAAGCCCUACCAGUGUGAAGUGUGUGGCAAGAGCUUCAGGCUCAGCCCCAGUCUAGUUGUGCACCAGCGGAUUCACACAGGGGAGAAGCCCUACAGGUGUAGUGACUGUGGAAAAAGCUUCAACAACAGCUCACAUUUCAGUGCCCACUGGCGGACCCACACGGGUGAGAAGCCUCAUGAGUGCCCUGAGUGUGGGAAGAGCUUCAGUAAGGGUGCCGCCCUCCACAAACACCAGAGAGUGCACAUGAGGGAAAAGCUUCCACUGCAGCCCAGGAUCAACUCUACAUCAGGAAACCUGUGGGGGAAGAGUUCUGUAAAGGUACUAGGUUUGGGGAGACCUCCCAACAGGAUGACUGCUUCUGAUCUGCCCUGGUUUUGUUCAGGAAGAGUACUGAGCUCUGAUGGAGAGGGAAGAGCACUGGGUUCAAAUUCCAGUUCUGCCAUAACCAAUUAUGUGAUCGUAGGCUGAUCAUUUCCUCCUUUGAGGCCUAUACAUCUAUAAAUGUCAGAGUUGGAUAAUAAGGUCCUUUCAUUCCCAAUACCCAGUGAUUGUAACUUGGUUUUUCUUUUCAUUUUGGAAGAGAUUCUUGUGUCAGAAGCUAGAUUCACCAGUUUGGGAUUUUAAAUUGGGAAUAUCUAAGUCCCCUUCCCAGCUGUGCCUUUACUUCACUGCAUGCAGUUCACCCUUCCCAUGUGCCUCAAUUUUACCAUUGACAAAAUGGGGGAAGAGUAGUCCUGAUCUUCCCAAACAACAUGGUUUGGUUUUUUGUACUUUCUCCCAGAAAGGGAACCUUGUACACUCAAUACCUCUAAAUCUGAAAUCGUCUUUCCUCUUACCUUGAGUUUUUCAUUGCCUCCAUCUCAGAAAAGUAUUUCACUCUCACUGGGAUGGAACCAUUAAACUUUGGAAUUCAGAGUAUCUAGUUUCAGGGGGAAGUCAUUAGAGAUGAUUUGAUAAUUCUGAGUAUUUUUCACUCAUAUGAAUGAGCACAUAUAAAAUGUGAAAGAACUGGGUAAGAAUUAUGUGCAGGUCUCUCUUCCUUUUCCUCCUCUUCCCCUUUCUCUCUUCCUCUCCCUUUCUCCCUCCCCCUCUCCUUCCCUCUCUCUCUCUGUCUCUGUCUGUCUGUCUCUCUCUUUCUUUCCCCCACAUUGCUUCUAAGUCCUUUUGCUUGGAGUUUUCAACACUGGAAUUGUAAGGACAAAUGUAGGUUAAUAAAUGGAACUUCAGGGUUUGGUCUGAAUGUAUGAAGAAACAUCUUAUGCCUAGCUAUGGGAAAUGUAGAAAGUGAAAUUUAUUUCCCUUUCUUCAUAUUAACUUUAAAGAAUGCCUUAGACUAUGGUGAAUGUACUGCCUGUUCCUUUUGUUAUAUUAAUAAAAUUGAAUUUAUUGCUCUG